AUGGCUAAGCAACAAAAUGCAUUGCCAAAACUGCCGAAAAUCACCGACGCAAAAGAAAGUAUAUUGUCGAAUAUGAAAGAGCCCAUACGAGUUCAUACAGUGAUGCGCGUGAAUCAAACACGUAAAGGUGAAACGUAUUUGGAACACAAAAUUGAGCUCCUGGGGAAUGAUGGAAAAAUUCAAAAACGUGAUCUUACGUUACUGCAACCAAAAAGAAUGCAUUUGCAGCCAGCUGAAAGUGAUAAAAAAUAUCAUCGACCAAAAUGUAAGUUAACUUUAUAUGCUUGUGAUGGAUAUUUACUCCUGACUAGAAUGAUGAAGAUAACACUGGAAGAUAAAAAUAUCGCUAUGAACAUUAUGCACGAAGAAACUAGAAUUUAUGAUAGUGAUAAUGUCAAUGUCAGUAGCGAAUGUUUAAAUUUCUCUAUUUUUCUGGACAAAUCAUACGCAUGGCAUGAAAUGCGUGAUUAUAGCACUGGUAUUUGUGAAAGCUAUCCGGGAUCCUUAUUUUCCAGUUAUUUUCCACCAUCAUGGAAGCUACCAGAACAGUUAAAAGUCACAGCACCACAACAAGCAAAUUUGAAAAGCGAUAGGCGAAAUGAUAAUUCCCCUCCAAAAUCCGGAUUAAGUGACACAUCAAUUGGUGGUGGUAGCGAAUCAGAUGAUCAUUCACCAUAUCUGCCUGUGAACCAUGAUUCCAGCUCAGAUAAAGGCAUUCAUGAAAGUAAUCCACCCACUGCUGUUUGUAAAGCUUCACUAGUGAACAUUGCUGCUUCACCUAAAAAUGGCUUGUUGCGCUCACAUGAAUAUCCAGAUGACAUCUGCUGCCUCAAAUCAGCCAACAUCUGGAGCAAGCUAUCACUAAAAUUGCCAGAAAUCAUGUCCUUUUUAUAA